AUGGCAUACAAGAAUGUGGAAGGGUCAUUUAGGAAACAAUAUAAAAUUGUUUAUGACUAUGCCCAAGAACUUUUAAGGUCAAAUCCUAGAUCUACUGUGAAGGUCAACGUAGAUGAUAAUGAAGGACAGAAAACUUUCAAAAGACUGUAUGUGUGUUUAAAGGCUUCUAAGGACAACUUUGUUAAUUGUAGGCCUAUCAUUGGGUUGGACGGAUGUUUCCUAAAAGGCAAAUAUGUUGGGGAAUUAUUAUCAGCUAUGGCAAGAGAUGGUAAUGAUCAAAUGGUUCCUUUGGCGUAUUGUGUUGUUGAAGUCGAGAAUAAAGAAACGUGGAGUUGGUUUUUAGAGCUCUUGGUGGAUGACCUUGGUGGGGUUGAAGUGUGCAAGGGAAUAACCUUCAUGUCUGAUCAAGAAAAAGGACUACUACCAACACUACAAGAAUUAAUACCUAAUGUUGAACACAGGUUCUAUUUUGGUCUAGGUCCAGGUUCACAAGGCAAGCAAUAUGUGACACUUAUCAACAAUAUGAGCGAGGCAUUUAACAGUACAAUCAUUAAUGCAAGAAGUAAGCCAAUCAUCACCAUGAUGGAAGAUAUUCGAAUUUAUCUUACGAAGAGAUGGGCCAAAAAUGGAGUUAACAUUAAAAAGGUUGAAGGUUCCCUCUGUCCCAAAAUCAAAAACAAAUUGGAUAACGAAUUAGAGAAGACAAAAUAUUGGAUACCUUGUUGGGCUGGAGAAAAAUUGUUUCAUGUUAACCACAUGUCCAUGACUGGUGACAAGUUCGUGGUGAACCUAGACAAAUUGGAGUGUACAUGUAGAAAAUGGACAAUCACGGGAAUUCCCUGCUGCCACUCACUCACUGAUGUGAGGUUCCUCAAUAUUAAUGUAGAACAACAUAUACCUCACUGGUUUUUGACAUCAACAUAUGAAGAAACAUAUAUUCCAUUGAUAUAUCCAGUCAAUGGACCUAAUGUUUGGGAGAUGAAUUCAAAUAUUGAUGUUUUGCCACCACCAAAGAGGAUCUUGCCAAGGAGACUUAAAAAAAAGAGAAGACUUGAGAGUUGGGAGUUGCGCAAAGAUUCUACACAACUGAGGCAGGGUGGGCCUAGAAAAAGGUGCGGGAUAUGUAGACUAUAG